AUGUCAACUAAAGAAUGGACCUUAAUACGCACAGCUCAAUCAUAUGAUGAAGCAAAAGAUUUCGUAAAAUCACGAUUCAAUGUUUGUCAAUAUCGACGAUCAGAUUUAAAUAAUCAAACAAAAUACUCGUUUAAAUGCAGUGAAUAUAGAAAAUAUCCAUUAUGUUCUUUUGAAAUUAAAAUUGUUGUGCCUGAUAACAAUAUGCAUUGUGUAACAAUUAUAUCCAGAAAUUUACAUGAACAUGAAGAAAAUGAACGUAAUCCAAUAACAAGGUUACCAUCACCAAUACGUAAAACCGUAUCUAAUCAUGUUAAAUGUGGAUUAUCACAAUCUCAAAUUAAAACAUCAUUAAUUACAAAUUAUCCACAACAUUCAAUUAAUCAAGAUAAAUUACACAAUUUAAUAGUUUAUGAACGACGAAAAGAUAGACCAGAAAUAUUUUCAAUUCAUGAUUUACAAAACUGGUGUAACGAACACAGAGAAGCUAAAGAACUCCACUCUACUUUUGUACCAUUUUAUAAUGUUGUUGAUAUAAAUAAUAUAUUUGUUUUCUUUACAACAAAACAACUGUUCCAACAAAUUCAAUUAACAACAUAUUUACAAGUUGAUGCAACUUACAAAGUCACCUGGAACAAUUUACCUCUUCUGGUUUUUGGCUCAACCGAUGCCAAUCGUCAUUUUAAGCCAUUUGGUAUGGCAUUAAUUUCAGAAGAUGAAAAUACCGAAUGUUAUCUUAAAUUAUUUAAUUCAAUAAAAACAUUAGCUGUUCAACUUAAUCUACAAUGUUUAGUAAAUCAAGUAAUGUCUGAUGGUGCACCAGCUAUUACAUGUGCACAAGAAAUGAUAUUUCCAAAUAGUCGUCGACUUAUGUGUUGGAGUCAUAUGAUUAGAAAUUGUCAAAAACAUCGUAAUUUAGUUACAAAAAAUGAUUGGCAAAUUAUUGAUAAAGAUAUUCAUACACUUCAACUUGCUUUUACAGAUGAUCUAUUUGACCGUGGUGUUACAUUAUUAUUACAAAAAUGGAGUCUUAUUCCAACAAUGAAAAGAUUCGUCGAUUAUUUUACUGAACAAUGGAUUUCUAAAAUACGUUACUGGUACGAAGGUGCCGCAUUUGCUAAACCAUCCACAAAUAAUAGACUUGAAUCACUUAACGGAAUUAUAAAACAAAAAUAUACAUUACGUAACAAACUUCAUUUAUCUACUUUUCUACCUAAAGUAGAAACUAUGUUAUUCGAUUGGUCGGAAGCAAGUAUUACAUCGCCAUUUGCUACUUUAACUGAUAUAACUCCUGCUGUUGAAUUAAGUACGUAUAAAUGGUCAUUAAAUGUGAAUCAAUCUGAAAUUUUAAAUUGGUUUAAUAAUUAUUAUAUUGUCCCUUCUUCAACUGCUGUUAUUACAACGUCGACGUGGUUAGAUAUUUAUAAAUCAAGUCAAUGGGCUUCAUUCGAUGAUUAUGCAGCAUGGAAAUCAUCAUGCUGGUUAGUAUCACCACUUACAUCCUGUACAUGCCCAAUUGGUCUCAAAGAAUAUAGAUGUAAACAUUCUGUUGGACUUGCAAUUUUAUUCAAUAUGUACCAAAUUACGGAUAAAACUCGUUAUACACCAUUAGGAAAACGAAAAACUCCAGGUCGUCCAAAAAAGGUUCGUACAGCAUUCUUACCAUGA